AAAAUCAAGCGUACUUGGGAAACGUAAUUUCCAUUUCUUUUCCUUUGCUUUCUCUCUUUGUUGACUUUACCCUAUAAAUCCCUACUUUCUCUCACCCAACCAAAUUCAUCUUUCUCUCGGCAUAUGUCUCAUAGAUCUAAUAUCCCACACUUUGCUUCUAUUGCCUUCUCCAUUCCCUCCCAUCUCAAAAAAUUCAAGAUCUCUUAAUAAUUCCUUUAUUCAUCAAGAAAAAAAGGAAUUUGUUUGUAAUAGAUCUUGAUUAUUAUUAUUAUUAUUAUGGGGGUUAAAGGCUUUGUUGAAGGAGGCAUUGCUUCUAUUAUUGCUGGAUGUAGUACACAUCCACUUGAUCUCAUCAAGGUACGUAUGCAGCUUCAGGGCGAAGCGUCUGGAUCAGGAGUACCUUCCCAGACGGUUCGUCCUGCUCUUGCUUCCGCUAAUCAUGUCCACGUGCAAGUUGCCCCACCUGUUGCUUCUCGGGCGGGGCCUAUUGCCUUAGGUGUACGGAUUGUGAGACAAGAGGGGUUGGUCGCCCUCUUUUCUGGCAUUUCGGCUACUGUUCUUAGGCAAACUCUUUAUUCCACAACCCGGAUGGGGAUAUAUGACAUGUUGAAGAAAAAAUGGACCGACCCGAAUACGAUGAACAUGCCUUUAGGGAAAAAAAUUGUUGCUGGACUCAUCGCUGGCGGAAUCGGGGCGGCCGUUGGGAACCCUGCUGAUGUGGCAAUGGUCCGCAUGCAGGCUGAUGGCCGCCUUCCACCCGCACAAAGGCGGAAUUACAAGAGCGUGGUGGAUGCUAUAACACAAAUGACCAAGAACGAGGGUGUUACUAGCCUGUGGCGGGGUUCAUCCCUUACAGUGAACCGUGCUAUGCUAGUAACGGCCUCGCAGCUGGCUUCUUAUGAUGAGUUCAAGGAAAUGAUUUUAGGGAAGGGUCUGAUGAAUGAUGGACUUGGGACCCACGUGACGGCUAGCUUCGCCGCAGGUUUUGUGGCUGCGGUGGUGACAAACCCUGUGGACGUGAUCAAGACUCGGGUUAUGAACAUGAAGGUGGAGCCGGGAGCGGCUCCAACUUACAGUGGGGCCCUUGAUUGUGCAAUGAAGACAAUCAAAGCAGAGGGGCCAAUGGCCUUGUAUAAAGGAUUUAUUCCUACAAUUUCAAGGCAAGGACCUUUUACUAUUGUACUCUUUGUUACACUGGAACAGGUCAGAAAAUUGCUCAAGGACUUUUAAUUAAUUACUUGAUGACGGCGAAGAAUUUUGACUUAGUUGAUGAUUUAUUAAACAGUGGAGUUAUUUAAUUCCAUAAACUUUGGAAUGAGUUAGCGCAAUGUUAGAUGUUGUGUUCUCAUUUGUUGUAUAUUAUGAUAUUAUGAUUAUGCUACUUCAGUAUAAAAUGGUGUGCCGUUUGGUACUAGAACUGCUGAUUAAAUCACGUUGAUUUUUCUA